AUGAGGCUGGUCUACCUCGUGGAUCUCCUCGCGCUGGUGUUAGGCCUCGUCGUGUUGGUGGCCUGCUGGGCCGUGCAGGCCGUCCCGCGAUGGCCGCUCCAGCGCUCCGUCGUCCUCCUCGUCGGCGGCAGCGCGGGGAUUGGGUUGGAGACGGCAAAGACCCUCGCCCGGCGCGGCGUGCGGUGCCUCAUCCUCGCGGCCAGACGAGAGGAGCCGCUCCGGCAGGCUGUUGUGGAUGUCCAGGCGGCGGCCGCCGCGGUCGGCAGCCCCACGCGCGUCCACUACGUCCAGAUGGACGUCGCGCGCGAAGAGUCCGUGCGGGAGGGCGUUUUGGCCGCCGAGCGCCUCUGCGACGGCGAAAUGAUCGACCUUCUCAUCUGCAAUGCCGGCUUUGCGCUGCCGAUGCGCUUCACCGAGUGCACCAUCGCCGACGCGGAGGUGAUGAUGGAGGUGAACUAUUACGGCAGCCUGCGUAUGAUGUGGGCGCUGCUACCCAGCAUGUUAGCCGCAAAGCGGGGGAGAGUGGUGCUGACUAGCAGCAUGGUGGCACGCGCGCCGAUUGCGGGUUAUUCGCUCUAUGCAUCCACAAAGGCGGCGUUGCGUGCCUUGGCGCACAGCGUGGAUAUGGAAAACAGUAGCUUAGGUGUGCGCGUGCAGGUAGUCAGCCCACCUGAUAUUGAUACACCAGGCUACGAGGAAGAACAAAAGAUAAAAAGUCCUGAAUGUCAAGCUAUUUCGUCCUUCGGCGGGUCUAAACCAUUCAGUGCUGCUGAUAUGGCUGAAGCAAUCGUUUCUGGUAUUGAGCACUAUCGAUUCGACAUUACUCUUGGAGGGGAUGGAAUCCUGCUUAGUUGGGGUUCUGCAGGCAUCGAGCCAGCGACGAGUAAGCGUGCCCUACUAACCCAGGUCGCGUUUUCAGGACUAUUGCGUCUUGGACUUGCUACGUUUUCAAAGAUUCACUAUCGUAUUGUGAGGCGUAUUCGUCUAGACGAAGCUAAAAAGGGCUCAAAGAAGAACAACUAA